AUGUCUACGUUGAAAAGAUGCUUGAAAGAAGCAAAAAGUUCAAUUGAACAGAACGACCCUGAAGGUGCGCUAGAAGCUGUAGAAGAAGCACUUGAAUUUGAUUCUGAAAAUUAUUUUGCCUACAUAUUUCAAGGCAAAUCAUACCAACUUUUAAAUGACAACGGUAAAGCUAUCAAGUCGUUCGAUAAGGCAACUAGCUUAGAACCAGAGAAUCUACUUGGCUGGAAAGGGUAUUUUCAAGUGGCUAAAGCACAAACAGAUUAUGACCUUUUUUUUCAGGUUUUAACGAAGAUAAUUGAACAACAAAUUAACCAGGGAAUCGGUAUUGGAGAGACUUUAAAAGACACCAGAAAUUACUUAGAACAUAAUAAAUAUAAGAGCAAUCCAGAAUUGUAUGAAAAGUAUCUAAAAAAUAUUAUGCCUGGAACGGAAUUGGGGGAUUUGGUGGGAUCAGAAUUAGGCAAGCCUGAAGAUAACUUGAAGACCUUGAUUGAUAUUAUGAAAAGGAAGGAAAAUGACACUAUCAGUCGUACUUUAUCCAAAGAGAAGAUGAGGUUCCCGCGUAUUUUAACGAUAGACCAAAAGAACUACUUGAACAAAGUUACUUGGUCGAUCCAUGAAAAAUCCGGUUUGUCAUCGAUAUACGAAAUGUUUUUGAAUAUAAGUAAUAAUGAUGAGUUGAGAAAACUAAUCCAAGAGGAAUAUUUAAAAUAUAAGUAUGAUCUCCUUAAAGUUGCACCCGAAAAAAGUGGCCUUUUGGAAGAGAUUAAGGACCUAAUGGAAGGAAUGAUUCUAGUUAAAACAACAUCUCUAUUUUGUUGGACAUUAUAUUUGGAUUGGGUCGACGUACAAGAUUUGGAUCAAUUAGAGAAAGACAAAAUUAUAUUUUUCUUGAAGAAUUUCCAUAAUGAAGGAUUAGGAAUGAUGUUGUAUUCAUUUUUGAUGAGUGAUAUCUCCCCAUUCGAUAAGACAGAAAUAGUAAAAGAAUUAGCCGUCAUCACUAAAAAUAAAAAAAUAAAUGAUAGCAUGAAUAAUGACAAACUAGAAGUUAUUGAUGAUGAAGACGAUGCGAAGUUAUUAGAAAAAGUGCAAGAAUCCGAAGAUAAUGAUGUUUUUGAAAAUACGCUAUCACCAGAUCAAGUGUUGAAGUUGAUGUUAGAGGGCUAUCAGAGAUGUACUAAUUCUGUAUUAGCUAAUCGUAUAAUAUGCCGUUACUAUAUCUAUUUGCGUGAAUAUGACCAAGGAUCUGAAAAAUGCCGUCAAGCUAUUAAAUUAUUGGCUGACCUACAAAGGAGCUUAGGAGUUAACCUUGCGAAUUCACGAGAAGAUUUACUUUGCUCGUUAGCAAUCAUUUACACAUAUCAUGAAGCUCCAAAGAAUUACUCAAGGGCUUUACAAUUGUAUGACCGUAUAUUGGAGAGUAAUGACGGUAAUGUGAAUGCAAUUAUUGGAAAAGGGUUGAUUUUGAUUGAAAAGAAUGACCCAAUCAAGGCCAAAGAACUUUUAGAGGAUGUUCUCAAGAAUCAUCCUUCUAAUAACCUGGCACUUAUGGAAUUUGGUUGGUGUGAAAUUAAUUUAGGGAACUAUUUGGAUGGGAGAAACGCUUUGGUAACUGCCUUAAACAAAAUACAAGGCAUGGAUUUGAACAGUCGCAAAACUCGAGCACAUGUUCAUUGGAGAAUUGCAAAAAGUUACCUCUUGGAAAAGAAAGAUAGCAACAAUAUAGAUGAAGCUUACAAUCACUUAAUUAAGUCAUUAAAGGAUUCCCAAAAUUACGCACCAUCUUACACCUUACUCGGUAUACUUUAUAAAGAAUAUUUUAAUGAUUUUCCCCGAGCUCAAAAAUGUUUUUACAAAUCAUUUGAGUUGGACGUAGCUGAAAUUGAAGCUGCGAAAUAUUUGGUCGAGGACCUUGCGGCAAAGAAUGAUUGGGAUAUCGCAGAAAUUCUCUGUAAGAGGAUUGUUCAAUCUGAAAGGUCUCGAAGAACAUUAUUGAGUAAAACAUACCAAGAUGAAGAUAGAUCUUGGCCGUAUAGAGUCUUGGGAUGCUCUGCAUUAAACAAACAAGAUGACGCAAAAGCUGUUGAAUGGUUUCAGACUGCACUCCGUAUGGCAGCCAUGGAUACUCAGUGUUGGAUUGGACUAGGUGAAGCGUAUUACAAUUGUGGUAGGUUAGAUGCAGCCAGUAAGGUUUUCCGUCACACCUUGGAUAUCGGAGAAGGUUCAUGGAUCGUGAAAUAUAUGUUAGGUCUUACAACCUGUGAAAUGGGUGAGUUUAACGAAGGUCUUAUGUAUUUAGAUCAAGCUUUGAAUGAAAAACCUGAAGAGGAAUGUAUUUUGAAUGCUAUUUAUGAAUCUAUGAUUGAAAAUACAAAUAAGUUAAUCGCAGGUGGAUUUUUUGGUAGAGCCAUGGAAUCUAUUUCUAAAGCAAUUGAUUACAUUUUGAAAGGUUCGGAAGUGAAUAAAUCAUCACAGAACAUGUGGAAAUCCUUGGGAGAAUGCUUGCGAGUAUUUUUAAUUAUACAGGGCCGCGUAGAUAUAUCACCGUUAAAUCAUUUGAUUGAAGUGUUUAAGGCAAUUGAUUUAUCUUCAAGCACUAAUCAAUUGUUACAGGAAUUGGUAUCGAUUGAUGGUGGAGUAAAUUUUGAAAAGGCGACAACCUUGUAUGAAUCAGAAGAAUAUACGGAAAGUAUUUCAAUUUUCAUUAUACUAGCCGCAAAAGCUGCGAUUUCAGUUUUACCUAACAAGGUCGGGAAGUUGCUUAUAUCAGUAGUUUAUUAUAAUUUGGGUUUAGCUUAUUUGGAGUGCUUUAAUCUCGUUGAUAAGAGUAGUUAUCGAGAAUCCGCAAUUAAAUGCUUUAAGAAGGCUAUUCAAUUAGAAUCCAAUAACGCCUUAUUUUGGAUUGGCUUGGGUAAUUCCUAUGUUUCCACGAAUCCGCAAGUUUCCCAACAUUGUUUCAUCAAAGCUACUUCAUUGGAAAGUAGAGAUGGUGAUAUAUGGACUAAUUUAGCUUCUUUGUACUUAAGAUAUGGAGACUCAGAACUUGCUCAGCAAGCGUUUGCAAGAGCACAGUCUGUGGCACCACAAAAUCCUCAACCAUGGUUAGGAAAUGCGUUGACUGCCCAAGCAAAUGGUGAAGACGCAAAAGCAUCAAACUUGUUCACUCAUGCGUAUGUUUUAUCAAACGGGAGAUCUCCGUUAGCUCAGUUACUAUAUGGCUUAGCUAUCAUAGAUAAACGAAUUGGUAUGUCAGGCAGUGAUUGUAGAGACAUCGAAACUGCUCAAGAGUUUAGUAUUGCUAAUUUUGCUAUGAUGAACUACUUAAAAUUCUCUCCUGAAGAUGAGACGGGAUUAAAAGUUGCCUUGAUAAUAGCCGAGCGUUGUAAGAGUUAUGAUGCUGGUGUUAAAAUAGGUGAAACAUUAUGCACCGUCUUAGAAGCGAAAUACGAGAAGACUGAAAGCCAGGUUGCAUUAAGUGAUUAUGCAAAGGCUAAAACCCAACUUUCUAGGUUGUACUUGGGAUUAUCGGAAUACGAGAAGGCAUUAGAAAAUGCUCAAGUGGUAUUGGAUAUUUUGGAAGAUGGGAACGAAGUCACACAAGAACACAAAACAUCAAUACUCUCGUCAAGAGUCACUAUUGGGUUGUCAUUCUUCUUGAACGACCAAUUUGAUGAGGCUCUAGAACAAUUACAGUUAAUCUUAGCCGACCAUAACGAUUCCGCUAGGCUCAUCACAUUGACUGCCCAAAUAUUAAAUGCAUUUGGUACUGAAGAGACAAAACAAGCUGCUUUAGACCAAUUGUUCUCAUAUAUUGAACAACUGGGCUCCUCGUUAAUUGUGAUAUUAACCCUUGGAGCAAUCUCUAUAGUCGACAAUUUGAACGAAUAUUUCUCUGCUAUCAAGGACGAAUUAAGAAACCUUCCGUUAGACGAAUUGACGAAGGAUUCCUUUAAAAUAGUCCCUACAUUAUUAACUGAGAUAAAUUCAAGACUUGAUGCUACAAAUCAGGACCAAAUAUGGCAACGGAACGCAAUGUUAUUUCCGCUGGAUUACAGUGUUUGGAAGCACAUGAAUAACCAAAUGGCCUUAGCUAUUGCUUCUUUAAGAGAAACGAAGAUAAAUGCUGUGGAUUUAUCAAAGUCAUAUAUCAAGAUUGGUGAAUUACGCCAUAUUCAGAGAGGUUUAAUCAUUCACCCUGGCAACGAAAUAGGUAGAAAAGCUUUGAACGGUUGCUUCACGUAA